UAGUUUAUUAGUCAGCGCGAAGUGCCAGGUUAGAGCUCAGACAAGGCUCUGUCCAGCCAGCUCAACUCAACUUAACCACCACAAUUCUUCAGAGGGAUGUCUUUCCUAUAAGUUUAACAAACUGAGGCAUUUACCCAAGUUCUACAACUUUUAACUCUCUUAAUUACUCUUUGCUUACUUUUAACCAGUCUUUAAAGGUCUCUUGUUUGAGGAUAAGUAGUGCGCGACACUUUUAGAGAAGACAGGCGCGUAGUGAAACAUCCAAAUUUGGAUUAUAGUUUCUGUUUCUCGUCUUUCAGUUGAGAAAACCCGACUCGUGAUGGUUGUCCUGUCACUUAGGUUACUAAUGGUAGGAGUUGUAGUAAGUCUGACUUCAGCUCUUCUGGCUGGUGAAAUUACAGAUAAAGAAGACUUGUUGAAGAUCCGUCUGAAAGAGUAUGGCCUCAUUACUCCCAUCAGUACCGACGCAGAGGGACACUACCUCUCACAUCUUCUCUCGGCCAAUCACAAGCAGCGUGUGAAGCGUGAAGUUUUGGAAGGGUCAGCGCAAGCCGUAGACAGGUUGUUCUUUAACAUCACUGUCUUUGGCAAGGAAUUCCAGCUCCGACUACAUCCCAACCAAAGAUUAGUGGCUCCAGGAGCCAUGGUGGAAUGGCAUGAUGAGAUCGAAAUAGCUGGGAAUGCAACUGAGAAUGGAACCCACUCAGAGAGAAUACUUAGAAGGGAGAUGCUGAAAACAGACUGCACUUUUAUAGGGGACAUCACGGAUGUGCCUGGAGCUUCUGUCGCCAUUAACAACUGUGAUGGACUGGCUGGUAUGAUUCGUACUGAUUCUGAUGAGUACUUCAUUGAGCCUCUGGAGCGAGGAACACAGGAACAUGAGGAGAGAGGAAGAGUUCAUGUGGUGUAUCGUAGGUCUGCAGUAUUGCAAGCUCCUUCAGACAUCUCCUUGGAUUACCACCAGAUUGAGCCUGAAUUGGAUGCGCCAAGGGUGCUGGACAAUAUUGCUAAACAAGUCAAAAAGAAAGUCAGGAAACGGAGGCACGCUGGUGACGAUGACUACAAUAUUGAGGUGCUGCUUGGAGUAGAUGAUUCUGUUGUCCGUUUUCAUGGGAAAGAGCAUGUGCAGAACUAUCUCCUCACCCUCAUGAACAUUGUAAAUGAGAUCUACCACGAUGAAUCGUUGGGAGUGCACAUUAAUGUUGUGCUUGUGAGGAUGAUAAUGCUCGGAUAUGCUAAGUCCAUCAGUCUCAUUGAGCGUGGCAACCCUUCACGAAGCCUGGAGAAUGUGUGCCGCUGGGCGUUUGUCCAACAGAAAGAGGAUCCAGAGCACUCAGAGCAUCAUGACCAUGCCAUCUUCCUGACCCGGCAAGGCUUUGGCCCCACUGGGAUGCAAGGAUAUGCCCCUGUCACUGGGAUGUGCCACCCUGUCCGCAGCUGCACCCUCAAUCAUGAAGACGGCUUCUCUUCUGCCUUUGUUGUAGCCCAUGAGACAGGACAUGUAUUGGGAAUGGAGCAUGACGGUCAGGGCAACCGCUGUGGUGACGAAACAGCCAUGGGAAGUGUCAUGGCCCCUCUGGUGCAAGCAGCCUUCCAUCGCUACCACUGGUCGAUGUGCAGUGGCCAAGAGCUGAAGAGAUAUAUUCAUUCAUAUGACUGCCUGCUGGAUGACCCCUUCAAACAUGAUUGGCCGCAGCUCCCUGAACUUCCCGGCAUCAAUUACUCCAUGGAUGAGCAGUGUCGCUUCGAUUUUGGAGUUGGAUACAAAAUCUGUACUUCAUUUCGCACAUUUGAUCCAUGCAAGCAGCUGUGGUGCAGUCAUCCAGAUAACCCUUACUUCUGCAAGACCAAAAAAGGGCCACCAUUGGACGGGACUGAAUGUGCACCUGGGAAGUGGUGCUACAAAGGUCACUGCAUGUGGAAGAAUGCCAACCAAGUGAAGCAAGAUGGAGCCUGGGGUGUCUGGAGCAAGUAUGGCACAUGCUCUCGCUCCUGCGGGACGGGCGUCCGCUUCAGAACUCGCCAGUGCAACAACCCUGUUCCAUCUAAUGGAGGACAGGACUGUCCAGGGGUGAACUAUGAGUACCAGCUGUGUAACAUUGAUGAUUGCCCCAAACACUUCGAGGACUUCAGAGCUCAGCAAUGUCAACAUCGCAACUCACACUUUGAAUACCAGAACACUAAACACCACUGGCUUCCCUACGAACAUCCAGACGCCAACAAAAGGUGUCACCUUUAUUGCCAGUCGAAAGAAACAGGUGACGUGGCUUACAUGAAGCAGCUGGUGCAUGAUGGCACAAGAUGUUCUUAUAAAGACCCAUAUAGCAUCUGUGUGCGUGGAGAGUGUGUGAAAGUGGGCUGUGACAGGGAAAUUGGCUCCAAUAAGGUGGAGGAUAAGUGUGGUGUGUGUGGGGGUGACAACUCCCACUGCCGAACUGUGAAAGGAACCUUCACCCGUGUGCCCAAGAAAGCUGGUUACCUAAAGAUGUUUCUCAUUCCUCCUGGGGCUAGACAUGUGAUCAUACAAGAACAUGAGGCUUCUCCUCAAAUUCUUGCUAUCAAGAACCAAGCAACAGGGCAUUACAUUCUCAACGGCAAAGGAGAGGAUGCAGGAUCUCGGCGCUUCAUUGAAAUGGGAGUGGAGUGGGACUACCUUAUUGAGGAUGAUGUCGAGACUCUCCACACUGAUGGUCCACUACAUGAUGCAAUUGUUGUUCUGAUUAUACCUAAAGACAAUGAGACGAGGUCCACGCUGAUGUACAAAUACAUCAUCCAUGAAGAUUCGGUGCCCCUUAACAACAAUAAUGUCAUUCAAGAGGACACGUAUGAGUGGGCACUUAAAAGCUGGUCCCAAUGUUCGAAACCUUGUGCUGGAGGAUUCCAAUACACCAAAUAUGGGUGUCGUAAAAAAGGUGACAACAAAAUGGUGCACAGGGGCUACUGUGACAUCAACAAGAAACCCAAACCUAUUCGCAGAAUGUGUAACUUACAGGACUGUACGCAACCACAAUGGAUCACAGAGGAGUGGGAACAUUGCACUAAAACCUGUGGGAGCUUGGGAUACCAAAUCCGCACUGUGCGCUGUGUCCAGUUCCUUCAUGAGGGCACGAACCGCUCCAUCCACAGCAAGUACUGCAAUGGAGAAAACCCUGAGAUCAGAAGGCCAUGUAACAGAAUACCCUGCCCUGCCCAAUGGAGGACUGGGGCCUGGUCAGAGUGCUCAGUGUCCUGUGGGGAGGGUGUGGCACGACGCCUGGUCACAUGUCGCAUUGGAGAUCAAUGCACUGGCGAGAAGCCUGAGUCGCACAAAGUCUGCAGGCCAGGACCCUGUCACGAUGAGCCAUGCGGAGGAGACAAGUCCAUAUUCUGUCAAAUGGAGGUUCUGGCUCGUUAUUGCUCGAUACCAGGUUACAACAAGCUCUGCUGUGAAUCCUGCAGUAAGCGAAGUGGCACUUUUGCUCCUCUUCUGCACGAAGCUGCUGAGACGGAGGAGGAACUUCGCUUCGGUUCAGCCUCUCAACUUCUGGAGACACUCUCAGCCUCAGCCAUUAAUGGAACUCUGAAAGGCCCUCAGCAGCAUCAGCGGGGAUCCUCUUCACAAGGCCAAUUUGCCAAGCAGACCGCCACUCCCCCACCUCGCAAACCCGAGAACAGCAAGACGCAAAAGCGCCUCAAACCUGGUGUGAGAAAUCUGCCUGCAAUGACAAUCCAUAGCUCGUGGAACGAGGACGGCGGUAAAGAUGUACCAUGGCAGCUGGAAAGUUCCCAAGAGUCUCAGUGGCCAAUGGCAUUAUCCGAGGUGGAGAGAUGAAGGCUAGUUUGUGUCUUUUUUCCUCUGGAGUCUCUCUCUUAUUUGUUUGAUGUAGAUAUAGAUCUUUAACAUUCAUCGUUCCCUUCAGAUCGUCCUCAAGAUAUUUAAAAGCAAGAGAGGGAAAAGUGCUGGUUCACUUUCAAAUGUUCUCAAUUCCCCCACCGGCAGUAUUUGUUUUUAGAACACACUUGUCAAUCACACACUGUUGUGAAGGGGAAUGUGCCAAAGACGUUCUUAUCAUGAUCCUUUCAGGGUCCUGGAUAUGGAGGUUUGGUUCGCAUACGUGAAGAGACUCCGGUGGUACUCGUGAGGAAACGCUUGUAGUUGUAUCAAACUUCACGAUCUUUACAGUUUUAUUUUUAACAGCUCCAAACUUGUUUGACCAAUUAAUAUUUAUGAACAUUCCUGUAAAUACUGUAUAUGGAAAAUGUCAGUAUUAUUUUUUUUCAAACAUACAAGCUGAGGAUUUUUAAAAUAAGAGAUUCAGGACCAUUAUCGGUGCUUUUUUAUAUUAACACGUUAAUAAUAUUUUAGGAAAUGUGCUUUCACCCACGAGUUAAGCACUGAAGAAUUAGUAUUCCAAAACGUUGUGAGCCAAAGGAAAAACAUCAGUGAAAUACCAUUAAAAGUGCAAUGAAAUAUCUACUUUUGGUUACAAAAGCAUUUCCGUCACUCGUGAAUCAGCCUCUCAGCAAGUCAUCGAUUAAAUAAAUUCUCAUAGACUUUGUUUUCCUCCAAAAGAAUUUUUCCUGUAAAAUGUUUACCUGUGAUGUUGAAGCUUCUCUUUGACACUUGCCUCUUAGAUUUCUCCUAUUUUGUCUUAUGAAUUCACCUUCAGCCAGAAAAAUUGAGUGACAAAAUUAAGCGUGAACGUCAUUAAGCAGCUAGCUUCAUCAUAAUGUAGGAGACCCAUCAUAUAUAUUGUGAAUUGGAUGUUUCAGGUGGGAUUUUGAAGGAGUAAAGCUGGACUUUCUGGAGAUCUUAUACUGCACAAGAUAACUCUUGUCUGAGGGAGAGGAAAGCUAUUUAUUUUUUAUAAUCAAGGGUAAUAUCUCAACCACAAUGCAUCUGACUGCAAUACCAAGGGGACCAGUUAAUCUAUCAGUGGAGUUCAGCUAUUCAUAACUGUACACACACUCUCACCUGUGUGCUACUGUAAAGCUAUUGUAUAUACCAUUGAGAACUUUAGAGUAUUUAUUGAGAUUCAAAGUUCAACAUCAUUUAAGUGUUACUUCAUUGUCUGUUACUUCAGAACAAAAACACAAGCUCCCAUUGAGUAGUAAGAGUCGCUCACAAAAGUAAACACAAACAAAAGUAGACAUAUAAAUAGCCUUGUUGCUGUUUUAACUGCCGUUUUAGAUACAAUAAGACAUGCUCAGCUUUUGAGAUGUUAUAAGGGAAAGCUGUUUCUCAGCCAUUUUAGAAUAGAAAUAUUGUAGAGAAAAUAAACAAAGCUGUCAUUUACAGUGAUUCAUUGUCCUUCACCCACAAAUCCCCCAAUCCUACACGAAACUGUUUUUACAGUUAAUUCGUAGCUUUACCUAAAACAAGACUUGAUCUUCUAGAAUAGACAACUUCAUUCAACCGAUGAAAGCUGAGGUGAACGUUGUGUGCAUCACAAAAAAAAAUUGUUCACUUUCUGCUAACAAAGAAUUUGUUACUAAUAAAAUCAGCUAGCUUUCAGAAACACAAAAGAAUGUGAAUAGUAGAUGUUAAAUUGACAAUCCCUAAGCCACAGACAGACACCCAAUACAAAAGGAUAAAGCAUAUCCUCACAACUCCAUGUCCAUUUAAGUAUUAAUCGUUGUUCUGACUUACAAAGACACUUUCAGUUGCUUGCAGUCAUUUCUUUUUGUUUUAAUUUGUACUUUUGUUAGUUGUAAUGGGAGUGUACACUACUGAGGCUGUUUUUUUGUAAUGGGGAGCACAUAGCAAUAAAGAAAGUAAUAAACACCACACUGUCUCUUAAGAGUACUUUUUAGGUUUGCCCUGUUGUUUGAUUAAAUGUGAACUCACAUUUUCCCCUUUCCUCUACUAAGACCUCUACAAGACUCUUUACAGUGAAAAUGUACGAUUAUAAUCCUAAGAUAAUACUACUAAAAUGACUGAAAACUCUGUUUGCAGAUGUGUUUGUGAAAAUAGCAACAGCUAAUUCAACAUUUAAUGAAUCCUACUAAAUUUAUUAUGUAAAUCCUUAAAUGAAAUGUAUGUUGGGAUAUGUGUGCUAGAACACUGAGGCUUUAGUCUGUCUAUUUUUAGUUUUCCCCCUUGCUAUUAUUACAAAACAGAAUUAAAUGCACUGAAAAUGC